CAGGUUGUUGCUGCUGCUGGUGCUGGUGCUGCCGGGACCUCCGCGGCGGGAGCGGCGGCGGGAGCCAGGCGGACCCGGCCCGGCCAUGGACGAGCAAGCAGGGCCCGGCGUCUUCUUCAGCAACAACAACAACAACAACGCGCUGCUGCUGCCGCCGCCGGCGGGCGGGCCGGGGCUCGAGCCGGGCGAGGCGGCGGCAGCGGCGGCCGCCGCGGCAGUAGCGGGAGGAGGCGGCGGCGGCGGGGGGGUCGCAGCCUCCGGAGCCGCCGCGCCGCUGUCGGCGUCCCGGGCUCAGUACAGCGUGCCGGGCAUCCUGCAUUUCCUGCAGCACGAGUGGGGCCGCUUCGAGGCGGAGCGCGCCGAGUGGGAGGCGGAGCGGGCGGAGCUGCAGGCCCAGAUUGCCUUUCUUCAAGGUGAAAGGAAGGGACAGGAAAAUCUGAAGAAGGAUCUAGUGAGAAGAAUCAAAAUGCUGGAAUAUGCACUUAAACAGGAAAGGGCUAAAUAUCACAAAUUAAAAUAUGGCACAGAAUUGAAUCAGGGAGAUAUGAAGCCACCAAACUAUGAUUCUGAUGAAGGGAAUGAGGCAGAGAUUCAACCACAACAGAAUAGUCAGCUAAUAUGGAAACAAGGACGACAACUGCUAAGACAGUAUCUACAAGAAGUGGGCUACACGGACACGAUAUUGGAUGUGAAGUCAAAACGAGUGCGAGCUUUAUUGGGCCUCUCAAGUGAUGCUUCAGAAAAAGAAAACAGAAAUCAAGAGCCGAUGGUAAAUGGCACAGAGGGCCAGAUUAAAGAAAGCACAAUGAUCGGGAAACCUGAAUUGACUGACUCUGCCUCUCUGCUAGAGACCUUCAAGUUUCUUGAAAAUGCAGCUGCAGAAUUUAGUGAUGAAGAAGAUGAAGAAGAUAUUGAAGGAAGAGAGAAAACAAUCAUUGAUACCGCAACAAUUGUAAGGAAAAGAGUGCUAUCUGAGAGCAGUGAAGACAGAGAUACAGAAGAAGCUUUGAAAGAGUUUGACUUUUUGGUUACCUCAGAUGAUGGUGAUGGGGAAUCGAGAAGUUCAGGAGAUGGAACAGACUGGGAAAAGGAAGACCAGUGUCUCAUGCCCGAAGCCUGGAAUGUCGACCAGGGAGUUAUAACCAAACUCAAGGAACAAUACAAAAAGGAGCGCAAGGGGAAAAAGGGGGUGAAGAGAAAAACUACCGAAGAUAUGUUUCAGCCUCAAUCCUAUAUAAAACAGUCAAAACAGGGAUGUGGGAAAAUGAUGGAGCAAAGCACAGGGCCCAACAGGUCAAAGCUGCAAGAUAUGCUUGCAAACUUGAGAGAUGUUGAUGAUCUCCCUUCGUUACAGCCAUCUGUUGCACCUUCUUCUAGGCCCAGUAGCUCAAGGCUCAUUGAACAUGAGAUAAACAGGACGGAUGAAGUGGAAGCUUUAACAUUCCCUCCUUCUUCAGGGAAAUCUUUCAUUAUGGGAACAGAUGAAGCCCUUGAAAAUGAACUGGGUCUUGGAGAACUGGCAGGCCUUACUGUAGCAAAUGAGGCAGAUUCACUGACUUAUGAUAUAGCCAACAAUAAGGAUGCAUUGAGAAAGACUUGGAACCCCAAAUUUACAUUAAGAAGUCACUUUGAUGGAAUAAGAGGUCUCGCUUUUCAUCCGGUUGAACCAGUCUUAAUAACAGCUUCAGAGGACCAUACUUUAAAAAUGUGGAAUUUACAAAAAACAGCCCCAGCAAAAAAGAGUGCUUCUCUUGAUGUAGAGCCAAUAUACACCUUCAGAGCACAUAAUGGACCAGUGCUCUGUGUGGUGAUGAGCAGUAAUGGUGAGCAGUGUUACAGUGGGGGAACAGAUGGCCUUAUCCAUGGCUGGAACACAACCAACCCGAACGUUGACCCCUAUGACUCUUACGAUCCUUCUGUUCUAAGAGGUGCUUUUGUAGGCCAUACUGAUGCAGUGUGGGGUCUGGUUUACAGUGGAGCGCACCAGCGAUUGCUGUCCUGUUCAGCAGACGGCACUAUACGUUUAUGGAAAGCUACAGAAAUUGCUCCAGCUCUCAAUAUAUUUAAUGAUAAUCAAGAAAUGGGAAUCCCUUCCUCAGUAGACCUUGUGAGCAGUGACCCAAGCCUCAUGGUAGCAUCAUUUAACAGUGGACACACUAGCAUUUUUAACAUGGAGACACGGCAACGAAUUCUUACCCUGGAGUCCAGUGUGGAUACAACAAUCAGUUCCUCCUGUCAGAUAAACAGAGUCAUCAGCCAUCCAACUCUUCCAAUUAGUAUCACUGCUCAUGAAGACAGACACAUCAAAUUCUACGACAACAAUACAGGAAAACUGAUCCACUCCAUGGUAGCUCACUUAGAUGCAGUUACAAGUUUAGCUGUUGAUCCUAAUGGCUUGUAUUUGAUGUCUGGCAGUCAUGACUGCUCAAUUCGCUUGUGGAAUCUUGAAAGCAAGACCUGCAUCCAAGAAUUUACUGCUCAUCGCAAAAAAUUUGAUGAGUCAAUUCAUGAUGUGGCAUUCCACCCCUCCAAAUGUUAUAUUGCCAGCGCAGGAGCUGAUGCCCUGGCUAAAGUGUUUGUAUGACAGAGUGCUUCCUGUUCAACUUUAGCUUUGUAUAUAUUUAACCAGCUGCACAAAGAGAAGAGGAGGGCAUGAGUUGUUUUAUCUUGCCCUGUAAUUCAGAGAAUGUUUGUAAGUGUUUAGUUUUGCAGGGUGCUGUUUUCUAAAUUGACGUUUGCUCUGAUUUCUGUGAGCUCAGCUGGUGCUGAGAGCUUGGAAUCUCUCAGUUUCACAUAGUUAAAAAAAAAUAAAAAAUAAAUGCUUUUAUUUUAGAGGGUGUGAAUUUUCGUCCAGGCAGGCCUUGGGUGAAACUAGGUCUACGUAUUCUCUAUUAAUAAAAUGAGAGUACUGGAAAGAAGGGGUCUAAUUGCAUCAGGGAGUAGGAAAAGAGGGAAACUUCCUAGGAUGCUUCUCACUGAGGAAUCUUAAUGUUAAAUCACCUGGAAAAAGUGAUUCAGAGUCAGUUCACAUGCUCAUUACUGUAUCACGUGAGAGGCACUUUGUCAUCCCUUUGGUAUGAAUAAAGUAGAUCUUGUUCAGAGAGCAGUAGCGGAUUGUUAAUCUCAGCCUAAUCUGGUUGCUAGCCUAAGAUAAAUGCAAUUAAAGGAAAGCAGAUUACUAACAUAAAUUAAAAUGCAGCAAAGUUUCUGUUACAUCUUCUAUGUUAUACAGUAAAUAUUUAGUUUGCAAAAAAAUUUAUAUAAUUUUUAAAGACUGUAUUAGCAUAUGGCUUGAAGCUGAGCCUUUACUCUAAGUCCCAAUUAACAACAGACUGAAGCAGUCUGUAUAUACUGUAGUAGCGAUCUUAACUUAUUCAAUGCUGUUUAUUCUUGGAGAUCUGGCACAAGAAAUUAUUCUAAAGCUUUCCAAAGAAGCUGUCGUACAAUUUAGUUAUCAAACAUUCAUCUCCUCUUCCUGUUUCUGCUAAAAAGGGUAUCAUUCUGGGCAUUAAAAGAUAACAUGAAAUACUUUUUUUGAAGAUUAAAUUUAUACCUAAUGCUUUGUAUGAGUCCUGCUAGUGGAAUAGGUGGGAACUAUACAAAACUCCAUCAGUUUGAGAGAUUCUGCUACUUCUAGAGGUAUUUCCCAGCUUCACCUUUUGUGGGACGUUCUAACUUGUCCGCUUUGCUGGAUGUAUCGUGCCAUUGAUUAGGUUACCUGAAGAAUGAGUGCUUCUUGUAACUACUCAACAGAUGUGCUUUGUUUCUCUAUUCAGAGUUUCUCUGUUGACUUGAAUGACAAAUAACUUUUAUACAAUCUUUUAGUCUUUUUAUCCCUUCUUAGAGGAAGGUGAGUGGAUUCUUUUCUAUUAUGUGUCAUCAUCAGAAUUAUUACUGUUCAUAAGCGUGAAGUUGGUCUUUUCCUCUAAUGGGAAUGGAAAGCAGAAUUUCUGCUGGAGAUGAUUUCUGAUGCUGAUGCGAGUAGGAAAGAACCCAAUGCAACUCUUCAUAUACCAGCUUGAGGUUAAGACUGGAAACUGAUAAAUAAAUCUUUACCUUUAAACUGACACUUUGUAAACAGAAGUAAUUGAAAGAUAUCAAAAUAGGGUUUGACUGUGUUGUUUUUAGAUGGCAUUAGGGGAUGGGACCACAUUUGAAGCUGAUCUCAGAGUUUAAAUCAAGUGUAUUAUUUAGGUAAAAGGUUGACCCAUGUGCUGUUUGAGCCUGCAACACAUUAUAUGUACUGCUAAAAUAUCCUGGAAUACCUUUUAUUGCUCAGAAUAUUCAGAUAUGUCACUUCAUGAUAUUGAUAUGCAAUAUAUUUCCAUAGAUAAGAUUAGAACUUUUACCAUAAAACAGAUGACUACAAUAAUAAUACAGAUUAUUUAGUUUUUAUAAAAUGUUUUGGUUAUGAUGGAAGGGGGAAAACUUGGCUGCAAAACUGAGCGUUCAACUUUGUGAGAGUUCUGUGUACUUGACUCAUAUUCUUUCAGUGUCAUUAUUUUAUUUCUUUUUGAAGAGAAAAUUGCAAAGAUUUAUUUGAAAAAUUCUAAAAGUUAUGUAUAUUAUAUAUGUGUAUAUAUAUUGUAAACAUGUAUUAAAUGUGUCUAGUAAGGGAAGACUCCAUGGGUGCAUUUUAAUGUUUUAGUAUUGAGUUCUCUUGAGUUUGUGUAUACAGAGGAUAAUGGUGUGAGUAUGAAAUGAAUGUUGUGCUUUUGCUUACACAGUACAAUAUGUAGUCACAGUUGUUUAAAUUGCUGUACAUAAAAACUAGUAGGCCAGCAUGCUUGUUUUUAAAGACUGUCAUUCUGAUUACAAUUGGAAUGUAAGACGUGGCUGUUCUAAUGUGAAUUGAAAGAUGUUUCCUUCUCGCUAUUGAGCUCUUGCUCAAACUGAAAAGUGAUUUUUUUUAAAAGCUGGCAAUAGCUAGAGGAUGAGGUGCCUUUAAAAAAAACAAAAACAAAACAAAUGUAGCCUUACAAAGAGGUUGUGGAGUAUAUAUAUUUUUGUGCUUGUCUUCAUAAUUGAUGUCAAUGUCUUUUUACUGAACUUGCUCACAUACUUGUAGGACUGCAGGGUAUUGUGCAUGAGCCUGUCAGAUCUUCUGAACAUCAUCAUAGGAGAUAGGGUUGAAAAAAUUAUUUAGAUUAUCUAGUCCAUCUGCUUGCAAAAGCGGGGUUGUACACUUGUGAGUUUUAAUAUUGUCUUGACCAGUGAGAUUUUAUAUAUGUUCUAAACAAUUAGGCUUCCUUUGGAAGAUUAUUUCAAUGAUUACAUCUCACUGACAGGAGAAUUUACUUGAUGUUUAGUAGCUCUUUUUUGUAAUUUCGUGCCAGUAUUCCAAGCCUUGUUUUGUACCAUUUUGCAUAUUCCUCAUGGUCUUUGUAAUUUGGAACCCGCAUGCACACACUGGUUCUAUCUGUAUAUUUCCAUUCCUUUCUGCUUUCUUCAUGCUAUUUUUUUAGUCUGCUUUUUUUACACAACUUUUUCUUGUUUUCAGCUUUUAGCUCAGUUCUCCAUAUCUUGGUGUCCAUACUACCAUUCCACAUGCAUGAUUUAUUGGACUUGGUCUGAAGGUCAUCUCUUAAGCGUGGUUGUUGUUUGGUAGGGUUUAUCCUCUGUAACGUGAUGCUUUUAUGUAGGAAGACCAAAAUUCUGUUGUCUCCCAAACCCAAAUCGUAUUUCUUUAUUUCUCACAACUGCUUUAAAUAACUUUGAGCAUUGCUGCUUUUCGAGUUUCUUCUUCACUUUCAAUAUGUUGUUAUGAACCUUUUGCAGCUAGAGACUUAAUUCCUGUUUCGUGAUUAUCUUGGGUCUUACACGCUUUGAACUUCUGACCCCUGAGGGCACUAAAUUAUUUUUAUUUGUUCCCCUUUUGUGUGCCCUCUUUCCUGGUUCAAUGUAAUUGGUAACUUUCAUUAAUGUGAUACAUACUUUAAUUGAAAGUGUAAACAAAACUGGACCUAAGGCUUAUUCUUGCAAAAGCCAUUUUUCUGCAACAUCAGUAUAUAGUGUUUUACCAUUGCUAUUUUUCCCACAUCUAAUUUACAUGCUAAAUUCUUUUAAUGGUUAACUCAUAUAAUUUUUUGUGUAUGUUAGCCUGUGCUACUGGUUUUGGUUUUACUAACUGAUUUAAUGAAGAAUUUUCAGUUCUUCUGUAUGUUGAAAGUUGGUCUGCUAGUUUUAAAUACUCUCACUUUUAAUUUACUUCGCUGUGCUGUUUGCUUUCACAUGUUACCAGAAUGCCUGCUCAGAAUGAUUUGGAGUAGCCUGGAAGAAGGUCCAGAUAUAUUGUGUCACUCUUACAAAGUUCUGGUGUCUGCAUUUAUUUUUGUGCCUCAAAGAGAAAACUUUUGACGUACCACAUAAGCGAUUUUAUUACUUUUAAAAGAAUCACCUGAUGAAUAUUUUGGAACCUCAUUUGUCUUUAUUUUGAUAAAAUAUGUUCUUUAGCAAGAAGCCUGUAUAACUAUAUGCCACAUACUAUGGAAUAUUUUUUUAGGAUGUAUAUUUUCAAAUAAUGUUAGGUUAAAACAGUUCCAUAUGCAAUGUGGUUGAGUAAGUGUGUGGUGUUCACCAUACAGCUUUGUGAUAAGGUCAUACAACACCAUUUUUCAGUUGUGAAUUUAAAGUAACCAGAAACUUGUCCUUUUCAAUAAAUAUGUGAGAAACAAAGGGCUUAGUUACACCACCUUUUCAGUACACUUGUUGGAUCACAGAUGUGUCCCCAUUCCUUAUUCCUUAUGUUUUAACAAUGUAAUUUUGGGGAACAGCAAAUUCCGUAAACUCAUGUGUCAUUUGAGCAGUGUUUGAUGGGCAGAAGUGUUAGUCUGUCUCAAAGGAAACAAAAAAUUGAAAAGGGGGCUUAACCUUCAGAUAGGCAAGUUCAGGAUUUUUUAAAUGCCUUUCAAGGUGUGUAUUUGGGAGCAUUUACAGGCUGUGGUUAAGCAGUGUGUUUGCAGACUGUCCCAGGUAUCCAAAAGCCUACUUGAUACCUGUGUGAAAUACCUAGUAAACCUGAAUUGCAUUAAGGAAGGAAAUGCAGCCAUUGUGCUUGUCCUGUGUCUGUACAGGAGACUGUAGGAAGCAGGGAAACCAUUUGAUGAACUCUCUGGGGGAUAGAGUGUAGGUUAAAUGGCCGGAACUACGUGCCCUUCAUGUGACUGGUGUCAUCGUGGGUGGAUUUGGCUGAGGAGCAGUGCAGUGAUUAGCCUGAUGGUGCCACAAAGAAAAACAUAAAAAUUUAGAAUAACAAAUUUACCAAGGCUUUCCCAAAGUUGCAGGUUGUAUAAAGGAUAAAAUCUACUAUAUAGCCAGAUUCCAAAUUACACACUGUUUUAUCAAAAUAGAAGGCGAAGAUUUUUCAAAUUUCAAAAUUUUGGAUGAGAUGGCAAGAGAUUUGUAAUAGCUAUUACUUAAAAUCUAAGAACAGAACUCACUCUUCUGCUGACAUAGUCUUCAUGUUGGAGAACCCUCUUAUGUGAAGAUAAGCUCCUCAGACAGUGGGACUACUCUUUUGCAUUGGAUAAGCAUUUAUUUAAAAACAGAACACAGGACUAAGUUUUUGUCUCAUGUCCUUUAGUAUUGAACCAAAGUCACAAAGUUUGGGAUGCAGAGUAGAAUUUUAGCUUUGUUCCUCAGUUUUGGUUUUUUUCUUUAGUUAUAACCUACAUAGUUAAUAUAUAUUAUAUACAGUGCCAUCUGUAUGACACACUUCACAUUAAACAACCCAUGCUGUAAAAAAUAUCCCUUAAGUACUUUCUCACACAAGUGUGAUGUGAAUGGUUCCAGGUAAUUUGUGACUGACUUAACAGGUAUUGCCUUUCCAUUUUCUAAUGGGAGAGCUGAUAAGAUUCAUGGAAAUAAGUGUGAAAAAUAGUUAUAAUGUAACAUUUAAAAAUAUGCUGAAAUUUGUGGCCGUUUAGUGGAAAUUGGUUUGGACUACACUAUUAGGAAUGAAGAAAUCAGAAUACCUCUUCAAUGUGGUAAAUUGGUUUGUGUAAGAUGUUGUAAUCUUUGACAUGGUAAUAUGAGUUUUCUUGGGCAUCUGCUGUUUGGGAGCAUCAUAGGGAUACCCAGUGUUGCUGUUUCUAUUGAGUGACAGAGAGGAAGAAAAGAUUUCCAUGAAAAAAUACUCAGAUGUUUCAGGAAGCGCCCUUUUUUCCAUAAGGGUGUGAAGGCAUUGAGAAUAUUUUAUCUAAAUCUGAUAAUGUGUUAGCUGAAGAGAAUUACAACUUGACUCUUUCAUCAUCAAUUUCUUUAGGCUUAGAGAUGAACACCAUUAUAACAAGUCACCUAUAAACUGCCAGUCAAAACCUCUGCCAUGUUUCUACUGAGCAGCAAAGAAACUGUUGGAAACCAGUGUUGAUCCAUCCAGUUAUAUCAGGGUUUUUAUAUAAGAAACAACCCCUGUUGUAAAAGAGGUGGUAUUACAUGAAAAAGAGCAAACGAACAAACUCCUACAGGGGGCAGGGAGGGACUAGGAUGACUUUUGUGUAAACAGUCCUUGUUCAGGCAAGUGAUCUUGUUUAGCUGGUGGGACUCUUCCCAGCAGGGAGGAUGGUUGGAAAUACGACCUUUAAACUAAUGUCUCUGCCUGUGCUAGUGAACACACCUGUUGUGCAGGAUAUCUGUCCUUUUGAUCUCUUUUUUUUUUAUCUUCCCACUUAAAUCCUCCUUUGAGGUUACGUUUUUGGAGAAUCUUAAAAUCUCAGUGAACUCUUAUUGCAGGGUAGAUUUCAUAAAAGUCUAUUGAUUUUUCUCUUGGAGCGUUUUUUUGGAAGAGUUGUGGAGUUUCAGCUUAAACCCUACCCCUCUCACCACCAAAAGACUGAUUUGUACCUCCUUAUUCCUAGUUCAUUUAAUUCUAAUGAGUUAUCUCUUACCCUACCUACUGACUUAGCUUUGCUGCUCUGUAGUCACUUGUGAAAGCUUACAAAGUGUGAUAUCAUUUAAGAUGUUUUUGAGAAUCUGAAUUCCACUACAGAAAGCUUAAAUCCAGUUGAAUAGUACAAUUUGUGAGUCCCAGCUGGUUCAUUGCCAGGAGAUGCGUUUCUAGAUUCCAAGAUCCAAACUAUGGCUGAUCUAAAAAGAUAUUUAAUAAUAUAUGCUUUUUAGCCCAACUUUCUUUCUGAUUAAGUGUGGAUUGUGGUACUGUGUGUUAAACUAGUUUUGCCCUGCUUGUGCUGCCAAGCCACACUGUGAUCCUGGGAGAUCACACAGGUGUUUAAACCAUGCCCACGUGUGUGUUUUUAAGCUGCUCAAAGCCUUGUGUUGACAUGGUCCUCAAGGCCAGUCUCCUUGCGUUCCCUGGGUUUGAAUUGCAGGCCCUCAAAAUUACUUCCUGGCUAUUUUGAGAAACCCUUGAUCUUCACACCACAGUAUUAGACUAAAAUGUUGAGAAAAGAUUUAUGCAGCUGGAUUUGUACUAUUCUGAAAGGGAAAGGAUAACUUGUUGCCAAGCCAAAUAUAUUCAUUAUUUUUUGAUUACUUUCUAAAAGCAACCAAAACAUUGUAUAAGGGAUAAACAAUGGACUUCAAGCUAAUAUUUUUCCAUUAAGAAUUUAUUUUUUUAUUCUUCCUGUCAUUAAGAUAUAGUCCUUUUUGGAUGUAGCUUGUUUUCAGAUGUAUGGCUCCUGGAAUUGUUUCCUUGCAGUUGGACAUUUACAGACAUGCAUCGGUUUUGUAAACUGUCUCAUAUGUGUUAGCACUUGUUCUGGAAAUGAAAACUGAGCAUGUUAGCUAAUAAUUUCUUGUACCUUUAUAGCCCAAGCAGACUGAAAAGCGGUCUUGUGCUAUGUUUUCCUUGUAUAGUGCAUCUAAAAAAAACUUGGAGAAGGAACUCCAUGAUGACUUUUGUUGCUGUAAGUUUUUCUGUUGACAUUUGUCAGCUUAUAAACUAUCUGCAUUGUAUUUUACAUAAUUAUCUUCAAUUGACUGUCAGGUUAAAAAAGAAAAGUUUUUUUGCCGUAUGGACUGUAGUUCAGAUUUUUUUGUUGUUGUUACUUAUAUUAAUAUACUUUUUUCCUCUCUACAAGAAAUAACUAUUGAACCUGACACUUCUCUUUAGGAGAAGUUACCACAGGUGAUAACCACUUAAAUGUUAGUGAUUACAGUGGCUCCUCUUCUGUUUGGGUCACUUCCAUGACAGAUAGCUGGUAUGAAAAUGCUAUUGUGGAUGAUAUAUAAACAGCUAAGGGAAAUUAGGACUCCCCUUCAGAACUAUGUUGAGGUUAUGAUUUUGUAUGCCAGUUUUGAAUGACUACUUUGAAACAAUGUUGGGCUUCAAACGUCUUGCAAAAUGAGAAAUACUUACUCUUCAUGUAAUAGUCUGCUUGUCAGUUUUUUGUGUAUGGCUCAGUACAAGGCUGUGUCAAAAUUUCAGUACCAUGAAAUUACCUUGUUUAAAUGGCACUGUCUUGCAAAAGUGGAUGUUAUUUUAAGUAAGAAAUUCUGUUUUCUAAUUUGUGAAGGAAAUUGAUUCCUUGAGAGUAAACAUCCAUAACUGUAAUAUAUUUCAUGAUUUUGAAAAGGCUUCUUAAUCAUGGGAGAUGAGAAAAGUGAAGAAGUGAUUCAUUCUCCGAAGAUUUGUUAAGCAUUUAUUAUUAUAAGUAUAAAUUUUUGCUUUAAAUGAAAAUCCCUUUUCAAACACUUAAUAUUAAACUUCUUACUAAAAUUCAGUAGUUUAAAAUCCUGGAUAAAUAUCUAAAAUGGCAAAGAUAUAAAAUUCAGAGGGAAAUUAUUUUGAAAUAUACCAGUAUAAUUUUGAGCUUCUCAACUGCAGCCCUGAAUUUUCUCUUUUUCACUGCAAUCCAUAUUUUGUGAAACUUUUUGGAUAGGUUAUAUUUAAAGCUACAUUCACUUGCCUGAAUAAGUAAAAUAAAUAUUUUGUCAUUAAAAUUAUAUAGAUCUGCUUAUGUUAGUGUGCCGUUUAAAAUGAGACCUCAUUGAGGUAACCAUGCAGGUAUUUGUAUUGAUAUGACAAUAGUGAAGUGGGGUAUCUGUGUACUGUACCCGCAUUCUGUGCUGAGCAAAAUCACAUGGACUUCCAGAAAUAAAAGAUGGUUUUUAAGAACAGCUUUAUUUAAUGUUGCAGCAGCAAGUAAGUGUCAUUUGUACCAUAUAAUUAUGUAAAUUGGGUGCUAAUAAAUACUAUUUUUCAACAUUU